ACUUCAGAGAGAAACGAUGACUGCUAUUCCAGGUCGUGGAGACAACAUCUCUUCAUCAGGGAUUACAGCCUUCACAGCAAAGUUACACCCGUGUGACAGCUACCCAUGCCACUCUGGGGUCCUGAAGUUUCGCACCGUGCUGAUCAACGAGGGAGGAGGUUAUGACCAUGAAACUGGCAUCUUCACCUGUCCUGUGGAUGGUUUCUACAACUUUACUGUGCAUGCGUCUGUGUGUGGCAGAGGGCAGUGUGCUAUAUUCAAGAAUGGAGACGAAGUAGUGUCUCUGUAUCACCCAUCCUUUCCUGACAAAUGUAGCCAAGUGGCCAGUAUCAGCAGUGUGGUUAAGCUGGGAAAAAACAACAAGGUAUCUGUGAAUGUUUGGGGGCCUGGUAGAAAUUAUAUUUUUUCAACAGGAGAUAGUGACACCAUCUUCAGCGGGUUUCGUCUGGGUUAAUGGCAUGAGAGUGAAAACAUCAGAGUGAUUCUUGAAUGGGUUUUUCCCCUGUGUUACAACAAGGUGAAGCAACUUGACAGUUGUGUUUGCCCAGAA